AUGAAAGUUGCAGACGGCGGUUGGACCAUUCUUUAUGGAGAUCUUAUCAACGAAUGGGAUGUAGUUACGGGUCUUGCCUCUAUCCCCAUCGGCGCCGCUGGUGUCUGGGCUUCCGAGCAGAUUCAAGCUCAACUGCAGAAAUUUCAACAAAGUCUGAGUGAUGUGUCCGAUGAUGUGGUCAAUCAGGCAACGAACUAUCUGAAACAACUAAUACGAAACAAGUCCCUCGACGAGCAAGAUUUUGAUGGAUUAGGAGUCAACCCUGGAAUUAUCACAUAUAAACGUUGGUUGGAAUUCCCUUUUGGGCUCAAGACUGACCUGCCGGACAACUAUCAACCGUACGUUGGUUUACGCAUCACCAAGCCUCUACCUCCAAAAGUGCCAACUAUUACAAAGAGUAUAAUGGAGAACAAAUUAACCGCUGUUUCUUGGGGCAAAGAUCACCUUGUGGUUUUUGUUGUUGGGGCUGACACUGCUUGUUGGUGCAGGGUAUGGGAUGGAGUCCGAUGGGAAAAUUGGGAGACGCUCGGUGGCAAGUCUCUUAGUUCUGUCACAGCAGUGAGCCGGGGACGCGGUCGAAUCGACCUUUUUGGAAUUGGUGUCAGCAAUGCUUGCUACCACAAAUGGUGGGAGGGAACCUGGGGGCCAUCUGAGACAGAAUGGCAGGAACUAGGUGGAGUGUUCACCAGUCCUAUCCAUGCUGUCAGCUGGGGGCCAAAUCGACUGGACUUGUUUGGCCGCGGACAAGACAAUAUCUGCCUUCAUAAGUGGUGGGAUGGUGCAAGGGAUGGGUGGUUUGGGUGGGAGUUGCUACAUGGCGUUUUGCUAGGUGGUCCUCCCACAGCCGUAAGUCUGAACGGGCUGGAUGUCUUCGCUACCGGGACUGAUAAUGCUUGCUACCAUGGAUGGUGGGACGGGAGUGAGUGGAAAGCAUGGGAAUCCUUGGGAAAUAUUUAG